CCCUGUAUUCCUUCCGUAGCUUGCCCAAACAUUUCACUGCUGUGGCUUUUGGCUACAGCAGAAAUCUAGUUAGUACGAGGGUGCAAAGUUAUUGAUGUCAGUAUGGAUCUUCAUCAGCCGCACUUGAUCAGUGACUGUCUCAUUCAUAUUUUUACUUUCCUGACCGAGGAGGAUUUAAUCAGCGUCUCCAGUGUGUGUAAGGAUUGGAAUGAAGCUGCUGAGACUCCUUGGCUAUGGAGGAGAAUGUGUCUGCAGCGCUGGAGUUUCUGUAACCUCGCUGUCUUGGGGAGUGAAUAUGUCAAUCACUCAUGGAAGAGAUACUUCCUGCGUCGUUGCCACUUAGAGGCGAAGAUGACUGAAGGCAGGUCAGGAGGUUACACCUGCAAAAGCCUCAGAGGACACACAGGCAGGGUGGUGGGGUUGGUGUACCUGCAGAGGAAUUCAGCUCAACUUCCUAACAUCUGGAGAUGCAGUGCCACAGUGUGCAGCGCCUCGACUGAUGGUACAGUCCGAGCAUGGGAUGUCCAAAAUGGUGAACUCCUGUGGUGCAGUCCUGCACAGAGUCCUUUAACGGGGAUUGUUUGUGAUGAACAGCAUGAAAUUGUGGUCACAGCGGACUCCACAGGCCUCAUCAAGACCUGGCAGGGUCAGACUGGGCAGGAGGUGGCCUCUUUCUCUGCUGGAUCUCCACACUGCACAUUACUACAGUACAAUAUAGACAAGAAUUGGUUUCUGACUGUUGGAACCAGUCAGGGAUCUGUGUGCACACUCGCAGAUUCAGCUUUGACUAAAAAGUCCAGUGUAAUGGUGUGUGACUCUUUUAAAGUCAACACACUCCUAGUUUCACCUGACAAGAAAUGGAUCACUGCUGGAACCAAGGACAAUGAUGAUUUAAGUCCAAAGGUGAUUUACACUGAAAGUUUGACCUCGCCAUCUGAGGACGAAGAUCCUCUGUGCCAGUCUGUGCCAGUCACUGGGUGCCAGGCUGCUGUCUUCAUACCCACCCAGCCUGCCAGACUGGCCAUCAUCCACCACAACGAGCACCCAAACAACAAAGCCCUCACUGUCUUCGAUGUCAGCAUUAAAAAGACGAAGUACAAGACAGAGAUCCAGGUCCAGCAGGUGGAGUCCUUCCCACUGACACUGAAUUGGUCCUCAAACAUCCUCCUAGAGGCCAAGGACAGUAACUGCUUAGUGUUGGCAUCUGGCCAGGAGCUGUGGGUCUACUCUCUGAAAGGAGCCCUGCUUGCAAGCUUUAAAGAGCAUAUUAUGCCCAUCUCUUCUAUAUGUGUGGAUAGCUUCCGUGUGGUCACAGCGUCCCAGGACCUCUCGUUACGAGUGCUGACUUGGAGAAAUGACAGAGACCGUGGAUUGACCCUGGAGAGUCGAUAUCAUUUACUGGGUGGCUCUCACACAAUGUCCAGAGGGUUCACUCAUGUUGCCUGUGACUACUCGGGCAUCGUGGCCUCAACAGAAGGGAAAGAUGGCAAGGAUGUCUUAAAAGCGUAUUCUUUCACCUCCUGAGCACUGGUGCUCCACAAAAAGGUGCCUACAAACAGUUUGCACAACACACUGAAAGGAGGAACUUUUGCUUUUAUCUUAAUUGUUCAUCAUAUAUACUGACAUCAGAAUGUUCUUUGAAAAGUCUAUGGUUACAGAAAACAACGUAACAAUUAUUACAGAUGAGAAAUGCUAGGUUAUGGAAAAGAAAGGCAUUGAUACACUGUGUGAUCAACAUAUUUGUGAAGAAUGAGAUGUCUAUAAUGUUGUUUGGAUAUAAUUGGAUAUUGUUCUUGGGCUACAUUUGAGGUAUUUGCUGUUGAAUAUGACCAGUUUUAAGGCAUAACUUUUAAAAAAUACUUAUUUUGGUCACCUGUUCUUCAAUAUGUUACCACCACUCACUACCGAGGUAAGAAAAUACUGAGGCGUAUUAGUUAUGUAUUAGUGACAAUCUACAUACCAUGAAUGUUAAUACACAUAUUUAAUGUUCAAACAAAUGGACAAAAUCUUGAAAAAGUCUAUACAUAUUAAAUAAGUUUGUCACAAGGCACAAAACCAUCCUUUCCUCUCUCACACCUCCACAUGGAAGAUACAGUCAGUGCACCACAUAUAGAUGAAUGAUAGUCCCUAUGUUAAAGUGAAGGAAGACGGAGACGUUGGUGUCUCGUCUUUUACGAGGACCUCAUUUCUCAUAUCCUCAAGAACACCUCGUAGGACUGCAGUCAUCGACUCGUACACUUUGCUGCCAUCCUCAGGGUCAUUUUUCAUCUGUUCAAAGGGAAACAGGACUCAAGUUGUUGACACAACAUCAGUGAUGAGGUAAUUAAAUUGUUUAAAUGAAUCCUAAAGAAUGAAGUGUAAUUAUCUUCUUACCCAGGUGAAAGCUUUGAUAGUGCGAUUAAGGAAAGCAUUUUCAACCUCUUGUGGUAUCAUCAGCAUAUGAGCCAUACAAUCUAGUAUACACGUCAAUGUUUGUUUGGAGGCCUGGAAAGAGAUGAAAACAAAAAAAUAUGUAUAUUUUAAUUUGAGAACUUCAUGGUUUAGUAGUAUUGCUGUUUUAAGCCAGAGUAUAAACUGACCUGGUCAAGCGUGUUGAGGACAGUUUGAGCAUCAGUGUUGGGGUUCAGAGCUUUGGCUUCCUGGAUGGAGAUGACCGGCUCUUUGAGCUGCUCCAGCCAUGCCCACAUGAGCCCAGUGAGGAUGAAGGGAUCCCGCUCCAUACACAGCCGCUCCCAGCCACCGCCUAGGUUCAGUUCUGCCUGCACACAUUCGGGGAGUCAUGUUAGACUCUGUCUGCCUGUGCACUACUGAAGCAACUUAUUUAGACAUCUUCUGUCAUAGCAGCGGUGUGAAGAGUUUUUAUGUAAUUAAUAGCAUCUUUAGCCCUAUUUACAUAGAAAUUGUGCUAUAGGCCACUACAAAGUCCUUUUUUUAUACUUCCUUUGUAUUUUUACACAGAACCACACAAUGCCAGAAUUAUGUCGCUCUAGUGUGUUAUUUAGACAGUAUGCCGACAUCGCAGAAGCAAAAGAGGCGUGACGGUCCUGACCUUUAAUACAGCGACAAGGGCCUCAUAUGUGACAGAUAAUGUUGGCAUAGUCAGCGCUUUACAAACAAUAUUGUAACAUUGCAUUUAUAAUCAUUUAUUGGCUGAUCUUGCUUGAGGAUAAGGAGCUCCCUGACUUCAUUAACUCCCCAACUUGCAGACAUUUUCUGCUGCUAUUCUUCUUCUUUGAUUUAGCCACUAACUGCUGUUAGCUGUUUUUUAAAUCUUCUGCAGUGAAAUUAUUUUAGACAUAGGGGGUCUUUUUUUACUCUGUGUACAGGAGUCACUAAAAUUAGAGCAUAAAACUAAUAUGAUAACUAAUAUUUGUAUGUCAUGUAUCAUAUGGAAAAAAAAGGAAUUGCCAAAUCAAAAUAACAUUUCAUGUCAGGGGAAGGAUUGCAACUUUUGGACUAGUGUGCAUGAAAUAAUACCUUUUUAUGGCUGUGAA